AUGGACUUGGCUUUCUCCAUGAUUAAGACACCAUAUGGACUACUGCAACUGUCUAUCUUGAACUUCGUUGUUCCAGUAAGGCGUCAUCGGAGUUCACCUCCCAUUAGAGAGGACCGACAAGACGAUGGUGCAGCCCGUAAUCGAGGAGAUAUUGACAGAGCCAGCCCCUACGAGGACAUCGACGUGGCUGAGGGGGUUUCUGACGAUGAGAUUUCUGAUGAACCACAGGAUCCAGUUGUAUCAGAUCCCUUUGCCCAGAAAUGGGUAACCCGGCUAAUAUCUGCAACACAAGAACCGCCAAGAGAUAUCACUCGAUUCCUCAUACCAGGUAUCACGCUCCCUAUAGUCAACUAUCACAGCCAUGCUCCAGAGAGCGAACGAUUUCGCAGAGAUCCAAGACUUAAAGAUGCUCAAGGGAGAGGAUUUCAGGGAUGA